CAGCCCACGAAACCAAGCCCCGCCUUUCAUCUUUCAUCUAGCAUAAUUAUUCUCAGUCCAGCUCUCGCUCAAAACGGCCUUUGUCGAUCAACCUCUCAGUUUUGUCCCGGAAUUUCAAGACUGAUCUGACCAAAAUCCAAACAAAAACAUAACCCGUCUUCUUUGUUCCGCACAACCAGUCUUUCCCAGGUCUAUCCUCUCGCACAUUCGUCCAAAAGUGCUUCUCUAGUCCCUCCCAGAAGUCACUUUCUAAACACCAAACUCAAGAUGGCGUCUAUGGCACCUGAAGACCAGGUCAAGUUUUUGGUGACUUGCAUCAAGCACGGUGGCGGCGGUGGAAAGAUCGAUUUUGCUGCCGUCGCAACUGAGCUCGACAUCGUCAGCAAGGCCGCCGCUUUCCAACACCUUUGCAGUGCCAAGCGAUAUGAGCGCCUUCUCAAGUCAUACAACAUCCACCCGGGUUCCCUCACUGUGACCAACACACCUGAGAACACCCCUAAAAAGAAGGCCACCCCGCGCAAGCGCAAAGCAGCCGAACGCGAUGCCGACAAUGACGACGAUGAUGCGCCAACUACGCCUGCCAGCAAGAAGGGCCGUGUCGCCAAGGAGGCGCCUGUCAAGGAUGAGGAGAUGCCCGAUGCGGCUGACAAUGAGAACGAUGCCUAAGCUACACGAGCAAGCUCAAUUAUACCGGGCGGCUCGUCAUAACCGGAGAGGCUCGGCUGGCCCAUGAAGGAAGGCUUUGAGGGGACCCGCCUAUUCGAGCUGAUUUGUUCACCAUUUUCCUAGACCUGUUUGCGUCCGACACUACGGUUGGAUCUUGUCAGGAAUCAGGUGGGCUUUCGUGCUAUGACUUGGUAGCAUCUGAUUCUUUGUUUUAGAAAUGCCACUUGGGAAACGCUUGGGAAGAAAUACAAGCAGGAUGGGGCAGAUGGGCGAUAUCAUUUGUAUUGCUUGGUCAGUCCACUGAAGACAGACAUUUUCAGUCCGGAGGGGUACUUAAAGCCCAUCAAGCCACUUCAGUUCUAGAGCAUAGUUCAAAGAGCCACCUUGGGGAUUAUGAACCAUGCUGCCAUUAAAAUACACAUCGACUUUGUGCCUG